UUCACUUCCCUUUAGCACAGGGUGCCACAUCUGUUCUACAAGCUCUUGAGAACUCAUAAAUGAUGACUGUCAAAUCGUAUCAAAGUAGAAUUUCACAGCACCACUCUCCUUCAUGAAUUCAGCAUUUGGAGAGACCAGUUUCUUCAAUGAAGAAGUGUUUUGUUUCUGAGAAAACGAAGAACGUAUAAGGUACGAACUUCAGCUUCAUAUCCACAAGAAACACUUAAAAGGGUGGAAAUUGGAGAGAAAGAGCAAAAAUAAGCUGUUGUGGACUUCCUGUAUGAAGACAAGGGAAACUACGAAAGACCUACACUGCAAUAUCACAGGACUUCUUUAUUAAAGGACUCUGGUGUCCAUGUGAAAGCCCUCAACAUUUUCAAAAUGUUCUCAGUUCCUUAGCCCUUAGUCUACACACCCACGUCUUCUAAACUCGACUACAUUAUGGAGUGCUUUGAAAUCCAUGCACAAGGAAAGAAAGUCUUUUAAUUACCACAAGAAUUACCUAUCACAAAUUAACAUACUAUUGGUAUUGUGUGGAAUAAUUCCCACACCCACAGUGAUGACUUAUGCACCUGUCUGGCUCCUUUAAGGAUACAAAAAUCUGGACUACAAGCAGAACCUUUUGAGAAGCAGAACCCCCCAUUAGCAACAGAAUUAUGAACGGCCUGGCUGAGACAUCGGUUAAGUGCGUACUGGUCGGUGACUGCGCAGUGGGAAAAACGGCACUCCUGGUGCGGUUCACUUCUGAAACAUUCCCCGACAGUUACAGGCCCACAGUAUAUGAGAGCACGGGAGUGGAUGUCUUCAUGGAUGGCAUCCAGAUCAGCCUGGGCUUGUGGGACACGGCCGGGAACGACACCUUCCGGCAGAUCCGCCCCAUGUCCUACCAGCAGGCGGAUGUGGUUCUCCUGUGCUACUCCGUAGCAAACCCCUCCACGUUGGCCAGUGUCCGGCACAAAUGGAUCGCUGAGGUCAGGGAAUACCUGCCCCGCGUACCCGUGCUGGUGGUGGCCACUCAAACAGACCAUCGUGAGAUGGGGCCGUAUCGGGCCAACUGCACUAGCGCUUCCGAAGGCAAACGGGUGGCCCAGGAGAUUCGUGCCAAAGGGUACUUGGAAUGCUCAGCACUCAGCAACAGAGGGGUGCAGCAGGUGUUCGAGUGUGCGGUGCGCACUGCUGUCAACCAGGCCCGCAAGAGAACCCGCCGGAGACUCUUUGAUCUCAACCCAUGCCAAAUCUCGUAAGGGCAAGGCUACCCAGCUAGGAUGUACAUCAAGUUGGACCUGCUCAAACCAAGCUUCAAUCCUUGAGCCAAAGCCUCAGUCAAGACGUUUCCUUGACACAUAAACAAUAUUAUUUAUUUUAUGUGAUUCAACCGUAGUAUUUUCUUAACCUGUAUUGGGAUGAGUCCAUGGCCCAACAGGCAAAUUCACUGGAGACUUUCUGAUUUAAACCGUGCUGAAUCUACCCAAUUUACCUACUUCACAUCGGACUUAUUCAGAUACCCUCUAACCAAUAAGCCUCAAUCUUUGAGCCUCAGUCAAGACGUUUCAUUGAUACAUUAACAAUAUUUAUUUUGUGUGAUUUCUUAACGGAAGUCUGCUCCGCUACUGACGUGACGGACUUCACAGAA